GUAAACAAAAUCGAGUUGAAAGACGGACAGUGAGAAGCCGCUAAGAAAAGAGAGAGUAAAGGAGAGUAGAGAGAGAGGAAGGAGAUGGACGUGUGUGAAGUUUUACCCAUGGAGGAAUAUGAAGAUGUUUCCGAGAAGGACCCAGAGAAGACGCUGCAGCAGGUGGAGAGAGAGCUCAAGCGGGUCAUUCAGCAAAUACAGAUCCUUCAAGGUCGCAAGCAGAUGCUGACGUCCAAGAGGGACAAGAUCAAGGACUCGAUCCAACAGCACAAGUCGGCAAAGCUCAGUCAGAAGGACUGGGAUAGGAAAGAUUUUCCAUGGUCAGAGGAACUGAAGGAAAAAUUGCAGUCAGUCUUUAAGAUAUCAAAACUUCGUGCUCAUCAGCUUCCCACAAUGAAUGCAACGAUGUCCAAAGUCGAUGCCAUCCUCAUCAUGCCCACGGGAGGAGGAAAGAGUUUGUGCUACCAGCUUCCAGCGCUUAUCACCAAAGGUGUCACCCUGGUUGUAUCUCCGCUGGUAUCCCUUAUCGAGGAUCAGCUGAUGGGACUGAAGCAACUAAAUGUGGAGGCCAGAAUGCUGAACGCCUCCUGUACCAAGGAAGAAGUCAACGCUGUCCAUUUUGCCAUGACAGAUGCCAAGUCGCCAAUGAAACUAUUGUAUGUGACCCCAGAGAAGCUAGCCAAAUCCAAAAGGUUCAUGUCAAAGCUACAGAAGAUGUAUGAGAUGGGACGAUUUGCUCGCCUAGCCAUUGACGAGGUGCACUGCUGUUCACAGUGGGGACACGACUUCAGACCAGAUUACAAGUUCCUUGGCAUCAUGCGGAAAAUGUUUCCUGAGACUCCCAUUCUCGGCCUGACUGCCACAGCCACAGCGCGAGUUGUAAAUGAUGUUCAGAAGAUCCUAGACAUCCAAGGCUGCUUACUCCUCAAGGCAUCUUUUAACAGACCAAAUUUGAUAUAUCAG